AUCCGUCAUAGGGUGUCGCGUUGCUGGUCCACUUCAGAGAUAACAUAACAUUACAUUACACAGAAACAACAAUUGUCUCUUUUCAACUUCAAACUACUCAGUAGUUUCGAAACUCAACUUUCGUUUUUCGUUAACUGGUUGUUGCUGACUAACCUGGAAAAGUGGGAACUGAAAAAGUAAUACAUGUCCAAUUCCACUGCCUCUCUCGUGGGUUGGAUCCAUUGAUUAUGAUUUAAGUAAACUCAAUGUGUGGAAGGAUAUGAACCUGAUUUCUGUUGCUGCAUCUUUGGCUUCGUGAUUUAUUUGCAGCCAGUGGCAAAGUUUUAUGUGAUUUUAUCUCAAGCAGUGAUGGAAGCGGCAAAAGUUCUUUCACACUCCAAAGUUGUACCUUUUGGUUUUUCUAUUGUGAGCAACAAUGUCUCUCUGAGACCUUUCAGUAAACAACUUCAUGCUGAUGCGGUUAAUAGUAGUAAUCAACUCCACCCAAGACCCAAGUGCAUGAAUUUUCAAUUGAAUUGCAGUUGCACCUACGGAAAACCCUUUUCCUCCUUACUUAAACCAGUACGAAAAAGGGCUGAUUUGUUACCUCUACCCAGAUGCUCUAUUUCCAAUGAAGUCAGCACAGAUUCUAGUAAUCCAGUCCUAACAUACUUCAAAAACCUAUCAUUUGAUUCGAUAAAAGCUACCGCUCUGCAGUUGACUCCAAUUGAUAUAGUAAAGUUGACGGCGAUACUGUCUGUCAUAACUACAGCCACAAAAUGGACUAUUAAUACGCUCUUAAAUCCUUUCUUCUGGAUGUAUUUUAGCUGGACUUGGAUGUAUUGGCCAUGGUUGGUGGCCGUAGUGCUUGCAGCUUAUGGGUUAUAUUGCUUUCAGAAACACAUGCUCGGUGAGGCAAACAUAUUUGAGCAAUUGGCGAUUGUUACAUCAGCUUUUACAUGGCUCACCCUUGUUCCACCAGCUUAUUUCAAUGGCUACCUUGAAGGCUGGCCUUUGGUUUUCUUUUUUGUAUAUCAUUACUUCUUUUUCUUCAAUGUCAGUGUCCGGAAGCGGUUGUACGGAGAUUAUUAUGCUCGGCGUCAUGACCCGAAAUGGGAUGUGAACUUGCCAAUGUUUUCUCGCCUUUUGUUCAGUGCAGGAAUCAUGGUUGGCCAUUGGCUUGCAGCAUUCGAAGGCCCAGAGCUUAGCCUCAUACCGGGCGGGUGGAGCAAUCUUGGAAUCUGGGGUUUGAUUAUUACAACUCUGCUGUUUCAUUAUAAUGCCACAUUAUAUCUUGCCAAGUAUUCAGAAAAUGUGGUGGUUCCAACUUCUGUUGUGCAAUUUGGACCUUAUCGCUGGUUGCGUCAUCCAGUAUACUCGUCAACAGCGCUUUUGUUUGUAACAUAUUGCAUUGCGCUUCGAGCACCGCUGAGUCUGCUAUUCAUUGUAGCUAUUUGUUUGUUGUAUUAUAAGCAAAAGGCAGAUAUGGAGGAGGCUUUGAUGGUUGAGACUUUUGGCCAGAGAUACACCGAAUAUGCAAGCAAAGUUAAGUACAAGUUUAUUCCUUUUAUCUAUUAGUCUCUCAUCAGAAUUGUAGUUGUCAAUUUUCAAAAUCUCUUUAGAAUGUCUGGUUUAGGCAAAAGAUGUUGUAACUUAAUAACGUUUAAAUAGUGUAGGCCUUUGUUUACUUUAUAUUGUAAUCUUUAGUAUGUUCAACUUGAUCUUAAUACCUACGGUCUUAGUGCACUUGUGGUGAAUUUAAUGAUGGAUUUUUCAAUGUUUGAUUUUCA